AUGGCUGGUGUAACAGCUUACGGCUACUCAUUAUACCCUCACAAUCACGGCCAUCUCCUUUAUGACGGUCUGUACCCCUUAUAUGUAUCCCUCAUCCGAUUUGGUUAUGGUACCACACCAUUCAAUAUUGUCCUAAGAUUAGAUGAUGGGCCGGGUGGACAGCGUUACUUGAUUGACGAGCUUGCCCCCAUUUUCGGUGGAGGUCAGUAUAGCAGGCUCAACGAGCUCAGAAGCUCCGUUUACCGAUUUGAGAAGCUCGUCAUAGGGUCGAGACGGAUGGCCCAUAGGAGCUUCAAGACUGAUGCCACUUUACCCGGCUCCUACACCUUUGAAAAUGCCCUUUAUCUUUUUUCGGCUCGGCUGCUGAGACAAUACAAAUUGGCCACUCCGCAUCUCUCUGACCGACUCGAACGCGCGAAAGAAUGUCGUGGGGUUAUCAUUGAUAAUAAAAGGUUUACUGAAGGCGAUCGAGUGAUGUUCGAGAGGAUUGCGUUGAACUCGCCAAAAACGUUGAACUGCACCAUAUCGUUCAUACGGUGGGAGCAGUACUCCUUUCGUGAGCAGCUGAAGGUAUUCUCCCAGUCUGACAUUUAUGUUAGCAGUGUUGGCACUGGCAUGACCAGGGCGCAUCUACUUCGACCAGGUGGCGUUGUUAUCAAUCUCGGUGAGUUCAUGAAAAUGGGCGACCCUGAACGGCUGCUGAGCGUCUAUCAGGAUGUCCAAUUUUCCGUUGGGGCCGCCUAUCUGAACGUUCUCUAUUACCCCCGCAAGCUGUGGAAUGUAUUUGGCCGUCUUCGCGAAGAGCCUGUUAUUUCUCUGUUGCACAAAGCUGUUGCGAAAGUGUACGGAGGGUCGCUGUUGCCUCGGUCGAUCGAGGAUGGAUACGGACCGUCGUCGCAGCCUAUGGUAGAUUACUGUAGGAGACGCCCCGACUUGUGCUCUGAAGUUGACGGCCAGUUGAACACUGGUGACAACGAGGAGUAUAAUGAGUGGUGCGACUGGUGUUCAUGGCCAGAUUAUUUCGGCUUGGUGCCAAUGUGGCGUCGUGGGGAAGGAUGCAUCUACAGAGGUAAAAGAGUGAAAUGCCACCUUGAUCAUGAUACUUUCGAUGAGGUAGCCAACGAGGACCAUAUGGCCUUCGAUGCGGUAUGUCAUAGGGCGAGUCAGUCCAAAAUUGACGUACUGGCCAAUAAAAUUCUGCUGCAGCGAGCUGCGCAGCUCGGUGUUCCAGUGGGCGAGUUGGAUGCGGGUGUAGCAACGGAAGCUUUACUUUCUAUUCACCCGCCCGACUGCUCCCCUCGAUGGCCCUCAGCAGGGUCGUUCUGCGAUUGUUUUGAUAUUAGACGAUAA